ACCACCUCUCCAUCCAAUAUGUUAACUGUCGGGCAAGUCAGAAAGGAACAGCGGGCCGAAGGCCCCGCCACUGUGUUGGCCAUUGGAACCGCCGCACCUUCAAACUGCGUCGAUCAAAGCACUUAUCCCGAUUACUAUUUUCGUGUCACAAACAGCGAACAUAAGACCGAGUUGAAGGAGAAGUUCAAACGGAUAUGCGAGAAGUCGAUGGUGAAGAAACGUUACAUGUACUUAACGGAAGAGGUUUUGAAAGAAAACCCAAUAUUAUGCGAGAACAUGGCGCCAUCAUUGGAUGCAAGGCAAGAUAUUAUGGUGGUUGAGAUACCCAAGUUGGGAAAAGAAGCUGCCUUGAAAGCUAUCAAAGAAUGGGGACAACCCAAAUCAAACAUCACCCAUCUAGUCUUCAGCACAACCGGCGGCGUAGACAUGCCCGGAGCAGACUACCAGCUGACCAAACUCCUCGGACUCAGUCCUUCCGUGAAACGUCUAAUGAUGUAUCAGCAAGGAUGCUUCGCCGGAGGAACGGUGCUCCGUUUAGCCAAGGAUUUUGCAGAGAACAACAAGAACGCCAGAGUUCUUGUCGUUUGCUCGGAGAUGUCCGUUAUCAAUUUCCGCGGUCCAAAUGAGAGUCAUCCCGACGGCCUAGUCGGCCAGGCAUUGUUCGGCGACGGAGCGGCAGCCGUCAUAGUCGGAGCGGAUCCCUUGCCGGUGGAGAACCCGUUGUUCGAGUUGGUGACUGCAGCGCAAACGAUCUUACCGGAGAGCGAUGGGGCGAUUGUGGGUCAUCUGCGUGAAGUAGGGCUGACGUUUCAUUUGAUUAGAGAUGUUCCUAGGCUUAUAUCGAUUAAUAUUGAGAAAGCCUUAGAGGAGGCGUUUCAACCGUUUGGGAUUUCGGAUUGGAAUUCGAUUUUCUGGAUCACUCAUCCAGGCGGGCCGGCGAUUCUUGAUCAGGUGGAGGCGAAGUUGGGAUUGAAGGAGGAGAAGCUUAGGGCGACGAGACAAGUGUUGAGCGAUUAUGGAAAUUUGUCCGGCGCCACUGUGCUGUUUAUAAUGGAUGAGAUGAGGAGGAAAUCCAAGGAGGCAGGGUUGAAGACGACCGGAGAAGGGCUUGAGUGGGGAGUCCUGUUUGGGUUUGGGCCGGGGAUUACGGUGGAGACGCUGGUUCUUCAUAGUGUUGCCGUUUGAGUGGCGCCGCCGCCGCCGCUACUACUAUUUGUGUUGC